UGCACUACACGCUUUCGGUGUGUUUUUGACUUUUGUAGAUUUUUAAACUUUACGCCACCAUACGCACCUUGAAAACCUUUUUCACGCUCUACCAAGUUCACAUACUUUCCGCGCCCAAUUCCCUUGGCCUCCAUUCAUUUUCGGACAUCAUCUUCAUUGUCUUCAGUACUGUCAACACUCCAUUCAACAUUUCCGCCGCACGUACAAGGUCUCUUUUCGUGAGAUGUUCAUUUUGACCAGAUUAAUUUACUGGUUUUUAUGUUGUUUAACAUUGAUAAAAAGUAAUUACUCCUCUACUGCAACAGAAUCAAUACUCAAACUCGAAGACAAAAAAUCAGAUAAAGAAAUAUUAGACUUUUUGCUUGACGAAGAAAAAUAUGACAAGAGAUCUUUACCACCAACAAAACGACCUUCUAUAAUCAAUAAUAGUUUAAUAUUGUUCAUGGUAAGUUCGCCGGACGAGACAAGCCUGAAAUAUGAAGUUGAGUUCCUGCUUCAACAAGAGUGGUACGACUCGCGAUUACAACACAGUAAUACAAAGUAUGAUUUUCUUAACGGUUACUAUCAUCAGGGCGAUAUUUGGCUGCCAGACAUCAACUUCCACAUGCACGGUGACUUCAAACCAUCUCAAAGGCCAAUUCGUUAUACUUUGCGCAUUUUCAAAGACGGAAGAGUCGAAUACGCUACAAGGCAUCACUUGGUAAUAAACUGCGAAGGCCGUAUGAACGUUUUUCCUUUCGACAAUCCUAUGUGUACUUUUUCAUUGGAAAGCAUAUCCUAUGAAAACUCGGAUGUGAAAUACUCGUGGAAGAAUAAUGGGAAAACCCUAAGCAAAUAUCGCUACAUGAAAACUGUUAAUGCCAACUUGGAACGGAACAAAACAUUUGAAUGUGCUUCGGUGGAAAGAUGGAGAGGCAACUUCAGCUGUCUUCAAGUGGAUUUAAUCUUCAGCAGGGACAGAACGUUCUAUUUCGCCACAAUAUUUAUACCUAGUUUUAUUCUCGUGACGUCAUCGUUCGUCACGUUCUUUCUCGAUUGGAACGCCAUGCCAGCCAGGACCAUCAUAGGUGUAACGUCCAUAUUGAACUACUUCACUACAUGCAACAGCUUCCGUCGAACUCUGCCUGACGUGGGAAACUUGACUGCCAUGAACGUUUGGGACGGCGUAUGCAUGUGUUUUGUGUACAUAAGCUUUUUGGAAUUUAUUGUUGUCAACGUGGUCGCAAGAAGAAAAACAUUGUCCAAAACAAACAGCCGUAAGAUAAGCGAUAACAACAAAGUAUCACAAAAUAAGGAAAAAUGGAGUUGUACAAAUUCGCUUCUUGACAAUAUUACAUCAAAUAAGUACAAAAAAGGCAAAAAACCUUCGCGGAACCCAGUUGGCAUAGCUAAUGCGAUCGACAAGAUAGCUCAGAUCAUAUUUCCUUUUAGCUUCGGGAUAUUUCUUCUGAUUUUUUUUGUGUAUUAUCACACAAACAGCGAAUAA